AUGCCUGAAUUCAAGCAUGAACCUCUCGCGGAUCCCAAUCAUCAAAUACGCCUCCUCCAGCUCCCGGCAUCAAAAUGGGGCGGCGGCAUGCAUCUACAGCUGAGCACAUGGGAUCUCAGAAAAGCCCCUCCAUACAGCGCGAUUUCCUACACAUGGGGCCCAGCAGGCUAUCCGACUCGAAGCCUGACCAUUAAUGGACUGAACAUGGAAGUCCGUCGGAAGUGCCGCUUCGCAUUGUUGCAAGCUCGACUGCGCUGCCCGGGAGACUAUGUCUGGAUCGACUCCAUCUGCAUUGACCAAGACAAUGUAGGCGAGAAAGGUGUGCAAGUCGCUAUGAUGUUUGACAUCUACAAGCGUGCAAGACAAGUACUUGCUUGUAUCGGCGAGAGCAGUGAGAGUAGCAGACGGCUCGCUGUAGUGGCCAAUAUUAUCGGCCACAUGCGAAUGAAGCACAACCUUUUCAAAGAUCUACUUAACCAAGAUCUGGUAGCUAUGAGCGAAAGAGGGUACUGGCACAGGCUGUGGAUCGUGCAGGAAAUU